CAAACAAAAAUUCCGCCAAACUUUUGCUUCGCUUUGUCGCUAGCUACCAAACUAGCACGCAUUUUGAAUUAAGUCGGAUCUAAAUUCAAUUAAUAAACCUUAACAAAACUUCGGUUUGAGUUAACAUCAUAAUUAUUGUACAAAAAGUGAUCAUCCCAGUGGUAGUGAUUUGCUGUGAUCGUGUUUCAUGUUUAUCCAGGAAUAGAAAUCCGACACGGAAACAUUACGUCGUCACCGAACUAAACCAUCCAAAAUGUCGAAGGACAUCCGUUCGUUCUUCUCGAUGGGGUCGAAGGCGAAGAAACCCGACCCACCGAAGGAAUCGUCGUCCUCUUCCGGUUCGAGCAAGCGGAAGGUCAUCGUGGACAGCGAUGAGGAACCGGAAGAUCGCAACAAGAAAUCAGUUCCCACGCCCGAGAGGUCCAGUUCCCACAACAAGAAACGCCGGGUAAUCGACUCCGAUGAUGAGGAUAGCAAAAAGAGCCCGGCAAAGAAGAAAAGUAGUAGUUCAUCAUCCUCAUCUAAGCCGGAUUUGACCAAGUUGAAACCGGUCGAUGCGGCGGACUUUUUCAGUUCUGCGCCGGUCAAAAGGAAAGAAGUCCCGAAACCAACCAAGAAAGCCAUCAAGGAAGAAAUCGAAAUCCACUCUGAUGAAGAGUUCGAGAAAACGUUGCUCGGGUUGGAGGAAGUGAUACCGGAAACGCCGGAACCGGUCAAGAAGAAGGUGGUAAAGGAAAGCCCUGCCAAGAAGAAAGAUGAUAGUUCUAGUAAAAAGUUGGACAAGGAGAGUCCGGCGAAGAAGAAGGAGGAGAGCUCCGUUAAGAAGUUGGAUAAGGAAAGUCCCGCGAAGAAAAAGGAAACUAAUGGUCAUGGACACCAUGAGGACAAACAAAAAGACGAAAAGAAAAAAACGCCCACGCCGGAGAAGAAGAAGAAAGAGAAACCGGUGGUCGUGAAAACCGAAAGCACCAGUGAUGGAGGAACAACACCAAAGAGCUCGAAGAAAUCCGCCAAUGAGUCCAUCCUAACGGAUGAGGAACGGUACGAGAGGAAGCGCAUGUCCGCGGCGCUGUAUCAGAAGUUUAAGAACCGGCAAGGGCCGGCCAAUCCGGGCAGCAAGGAGAUACCCAAGGGAAAACCCGAUUGCCUGGCGGGGCUGCAGUUUGUGGUGACCGGAGUGCUGGAAUCGAUGGAGCGGGACGAGUGUGCUCAGGUCAUCAAGGAUUUCGGCGGCAAGGUGGUCGGUUCCGUGUCGAAGAAGUUGACCCACAUGGUAGUCGGCGAGGAUGCUGGACCGUCCAAGCUGGCAAAGGCAGACGAGCUUGGAAUUCCACAGAUUUCCGAAGACGAUCUGUUGGAUUUGAUCCGGGAAAAGUCAGGACUUCCCAAGAAGGGCAGUGGCUCAAGCGGUGCCAAAGAGGAGAAAGUUAAACCUAAAGAGGAGAAGUCGCCUUCUAAAGAGAAGAAACGUAAAACAACUGAACAUGAUUCGGAAGCCCGGAAAAAGAAAACGACACCCGAAAACAAGCGAACUCCGGAUAAGAAGCACUCCGAAUUUAGCUCUCCAGUAGCGAAGCUGCCGAAAAUCCCAAAGAUCGAAAAACGUUCCCCCGAGGCAAAGCCCGUCAAAAUCGAGAAGAGUUCGCCUGUCAAAAAAUCACCGAUAAAGUCGGAACCAAUAGCUCCCAUCAAACGAGAAGUUACCUCCUACCAGAAGGACAUCAACAGCACCGAAAACAUGGCCUGGGUCGACAAGUAUAAGCCGACAUCCGUUAAGCAGAUCAUUGGCCAAAGUGGCCCGGCCAGCAACGUCCACAAGCUCAUGAACUGGCUUUCCAAGUGGCAUUCGAAUCACGAUGGCAAAAAGAAGCUCGUCCGACCGAGUCCUUGGGCCAAAAAUGACGACGGUGCGUACUUCAAGGCCGCCCUUCUGUCCGGUCCCCCUGGAGUGGGUAAAACCACUACAGCUACCUUGGUUUGCAAGGAACUGGGAUUCGAUGCGGUCGAGUUCAAUGCAUCCGACACCCGUAGCAAGAAGCUCCUGAAAGAAGAGGUCUCCGAGCUCCUGAACAACAAAUCCCUGUUCGGAUAUUUUACCGAGGGAGGCAAGGGCGACAAAGUUAGCAAGAAGCACGUUCUCAUCAUGGACGAGGUGGACGGAAUGGCCGGAAACGAGGAUCGCGGCGGGAUCCAGGAGUUGAUUGGCCUCAUCAAGGACAGUCAUGUGCCGAUUAUUUGCAUGUGCAACGACCGAAACCAUCAGAAGAUGCGGUCGCUGGUGAACUAUUGUUUCGAUUUGCGGUUCAAUAAGCCGCGUGUUGAGCAGAUUAAGGGUGCCAUGAUGUCCGUUUGUUUCAAAGAGGGCCUUAAACUUGCCCCAGGUGCCCUCGAGGAGAUCAUCUCUGGGACAGGAGGAGACGUUCGGCAGACGCUCAAUCAUCUGGCUCUGUACAGCGCCGGAAAGUCCAUUGGCGCAGGCAGCCUCAGCGUCGACCAAGCCAAGAAGGAAGCGGAAACUGCUCGUAAGGAUGUCAAGAUGGGCCCAUGGGACGUGGUCCGCAAGGUUUUCUCCGCAGAGGAACACAAAACCAUGUCCAUCCAUGACAAAUCGGAUCUGUUCUUCCACGAUUACAGUUUAGCACCUUUGUUCGUUCAGGAGAACUAUUUGAAGGUGGCGCCUCGAGUACCUAAAUCCCAACUAAUGGAUCAGGUCGCCCUCGCAGCGGACAGUUUGAGUCGGGGGGACAUGGUUGACCGGCGAAUCCGAUCCAGCAUGGCAUGGUCGCUCCUCCCUUUGCAGGCCAUGUACAGCUCGGUUCUUCCCGGUGAAUACAUGGAGGGUAACUUCACCGGCCAAAUCAAUUUCCCCGGAUGGUUGGGCAAGAACUCCAAAGCCUCGAAACGGAAACGCUUGGCCCAGGAGAUUCAUGAUCACACCCGGAUCAGCACAUCCGGUUCGCGUCUCUCAGUUCGGUUAGACUACGCUCCGUUCCUGGUGGAUGCAAUUGUGCGGCCUUUGAAGGAAGAAGGCUCCGAAGGGGUCCCUCAAGCACUCGACGUCAUUAAGGAAUAUCGCCUGCUCAGAGAAGACUUGGAAUCGCUGGUCGAGCUAACCUCGUGGCCCAAACAGAAAAAUCCCAUGGAUUCGGUGGACGGAAAGGUGAAAGCUGCCCUAACGAGAGCCUACAAUAAGGAAAUCGCUCCAUACUCUUACUCGGCGGUCAACGCGGUGAAGAAGAAACGAGCCGAAGCUGCCGACGAAACGAGCGAACUGUACGGAGAGGAAGGGGAAGAGAACGCCGCGGCAGUCUCCGACGAGGAGAAAGAGGACGACGAUCUGGAGAACAAUGCAUUCAUAAAGGUAAAGAAGAAGCCGGCAACGAAGGGAGCUGGCGAAGGAGCGUCUGCUAAGGCGACUAAAGCAAGCAGUUCGAAGGGUAAAGCUAGUACUUCCGGAAAAGGUAAGAAAAAAUAGCGAUUUGGAGCGAGAUUUUUCAGGUAUACCCUACAUGUUAAUGUUAUAUGAAUCUGAAUAAAUUUAGGUUUUCUGUAUUAACUCGAA